UUUCAUACAGAUUCCAUCUGAGUGCUAAAUGAAGCCUCAUUAGUUAUGGAUGGAUUUGUUCCUGUUUCUGAAAAUUUGUCUAUGAUGGGGAGCCACAAUAUCUUUGGCACAAACUCCCAAAUAUCCGAGAAUGAUACAAGUUCCCAACAUACAGCAGAGGUUGAUGGCAGCAGCCAGAUCAACCGAUGUAUGGCAGCUCUGGAGCACUCAACUAUUAAGGUACCGUAUGAAGUGCUGAACCGCAAGUUCCGCACUGCUCAGAAGGUACUGGAGCGAGAGGUGUCUGCAGUGGCCGCAUGCACUUCUGAGAUGCAGGCCGCCCUGUCAGGGUCACCCAUGCCUCGCCCUCAGCAGCUCACGCAGAUGAUAAGAGGUGUCAUGUCACAAGUCUCAAGCCUCAAGAGGAAGGCGCGUGAGGCGGUGGCCGGGGAGGUGGAGUGCGCGCGUGCUGUGCGCAGGCGCAUCGAGCACCUCGACCAGGCGGGCAAAGGCUCGGCCGCGGCGCGCGCAGCCUGGGAGAGCACGCGCAUAGACAGACUCAUCACAGACUUCCUGCUGCGGGAAGGCUGCUACCGCACCGCCAAGAAGUUGGUGGAGCUUCGCAACAUCAAGAGUUUGACGAACCUGGGGCUGUUUGAGAACGCGUACGAAGUGGAGCAGUCGCUGGAGCGGCGCGACGUGAGCAAGUGCCUCGCUUGGUGCCACGAGAACAAAACUAAACUCAAAAAACUUAACUCGAGCCUCGAGUUCAAUAUUAGAAUACAAGAGUUUAUAGACAUGAUCAAGAGGAAUGAGAGGAUGAGUGCUGUAUGGCACGCGCGUAAAUACUUCAGCGCCCAGGACUGCAAGCAGCUGCCCUCCAUACCUCAGUGCAUGGCCCUGCUCGCCUUCCCUGCUGACACAAAGAUCCCCGAGUACCAGGUGCUGCUGAGUGACAGCCGCUGGCAGGAUCUCAUCCAGCAGUUCAGAGACGAGAACCUGCGUCUGUACCACCUCAGCCUGCAGGCCACCUUCACCGUCGUCGUGCAGGCCGGCCUUUCUGCCCUCAAGACACCUCAGUGCUAUAAAUCCAACAAGGAAAGCUUCAAUCCCGACUGUCCGGUGUGCGUGCCGACACUGAACAGCCUCGCCAAGGAGCUGCCCUACGCCCACUGCUCGCAGUCUCGCCUCGUCUGCUUCCUCAGCGGCGAGACCAUGAACGAGAACAACCUGCCUCUCAUGCUGCCUAACGGAUACGUCUAUGGCUCUAACGCUCUCGAGGCUCAGGCGGCCGCCAAUAACGGUGAAGUUUUCUGUCCUCGCUCUGAAACGAAAUUCCAACUCAGCGAUGCUCAGAAAGUGUUCGUGAUGUAGGGCGUGUGCGUCCAUCACACAUGUCCUACACGUGCGAACACGGUCCAUCACAUAUGUCCUACACAUGCGAACACGGUCCAUCACACAUGUCCUACACGUGCGAACACGGUCCAUCACACAUGUCCUACACGUGCGAACACGGU